AUGCUGCGUGUGGCCACACGCACGGCGAUUCUUUUCACUCUGGCCCCGCUGCGCGCGUUAGCACUUGCGGGCCCUUCGUGCUUGGAUGAAGACGGCUACGGCACGCUGCUCCUGCAGAAAGAGGGAAGAAAGGUCGCCAGAGAGCCAAGCGCGUUGUCUGUUCAGGUAGACCCCGAGAACGGAAUUUGCCAGCCGCGAAAUCAAACACUUCUUGAACGGGAGGUGCCAAUUCUGGAGGUUCUUUCCAAGCACCCAGGUGAGGAUGGCUGGUGUGUCUUUGGCGCGGCUGGCACAUGGAGCAGGAAGUGUGCGGUCAGCCGGCGAAAGGCUGACCCUCGGAUGUUCGCUGAGUACAACAACGAGGUGUACAAGUCCUACCUACCGACGUCCAGUAUGUCAAAGACGCUCAGGCUUCCCGAUGGGCGAAGCCUCCACAACAUCGUCGACGGGUCAUAUCCCCUGGACGAUGCCUACUGCUGGAUUUUGGGCUGGUACGACCUGGACCGGAAAGCGGCCGUCAACAGCUACACCUACCUCACGGAGGUUUCAGCGGCCUCAUGCCGAAGUCUGGAGCAGAGCAUUCCCGGCUAUCAUCAAAUUAGUUUUGGGCACUUGUUGCAGGAGUCCGAGAAAGACAGGGAAGAGAUCCAGAAGCUCUGGGCAUCGCAAGAGCCGGUGCUGAAUCUUUCCCAAGACUUUGUGGACGGGAUGAAAAUUCAUGCAGCAGCCAAAUGUUUGUUGGGUGGCGGCGAGGGUGGCGUCUGUGACAUCGCUUUCUGCGCGCUACGCGCCUGUCGCUUAGGCAACGACAGGCUGGGCUACAAUCUGAGAGGCGAUUGCCCUCCAGUGUAG